GUGGCGCGCGGCGGCUGCAGCCGCAGGAGAAGCGAGAGGCGGAGGCGGUGCCGCCAUGGCGGACGGCGAUGGCUUGAUGUCCGUGGACUACGAGGUGCACGGCAAGGUGCAGGGCGUGUUCUUCCGCAAGUACACCCAGGGGGAGGCCAAGAAGCUGGGGCUUGUUGGCUGGGUCCAAAACACGAGCCAUGGCACUGUUCAGGGGCAAAUCCAGGGUCCAGCUGCCAGGGUGCGGGAGCUGCAAGAAUGGCUCAGGAAGAUAGGAAGUCCCCAGUCCCGUAUCAGCCGAGCAGAGUUCAGCAAUGAGAAGAAGAUCGAGGCGCUGGAUCACAAGGAAUUCCAGAUUUUGAAGUGACUUUAUCUAGGAAGAAGCAAAGUCUGGAGAGUGAGCUGCCCUCACAGAACAUUUCCCCUCUUCGUCAUUCACUCAGCCAAUGUUCAGCUAUAGAGAGCUUUAUUUUAUUAAAUUUCUAAUUUAUUGUUUAUUCUGCACUGUUAGUUUGGUGCUCAGCUUUUUGCAGAAUUCCAGUGGGUAGAGGAAGAGCUAUGUUGUCUCUGUUAAAGGGGUUGUUCAGGGGCAGAAUGUGUUUCCAAGUGUACGUAGUUUGGGGAGUUGUACAGAUCUGAAGUUUGUAGAGUGUGGUGCUCAUGUGAAGGAAAUGACAGGAUCAAUGCCAAUAGAAAACAUUGCUAAAAACAUUAUAUUUGUGCACUAAAUGCCUCAGAAACAAAUUAUUUUAUUGCAGAACUUCAUAUUUUCUGUAGAAUAAAAUUGCUUUGAUUUCA